CCACGACGCCCUCGUUGUUGACUGGCACAGCAUCCUUCCUCCGAUACUUUGUCCCCCAGGCCCAACAACCUCAGUCCCAUGCCCUGUCGGUGAUUUUGGAACUUCGCUCUCCAUUCAUUCUUGUCCCACCCACCCGUACACGGACAAUACAGUCCAGUCAACAAGACACUCCGCGACACUCGACACCAUGUUCUCGAGAGAGUGGUGGAAGAGGCGCUCCUUGCGAGUGCGCGAUGACAAGGUCACAAAGGCAGCCGAGCUCUCCCUCCGAGAAUCCCUCCUUCCUCUCUGCCUUGUCACCAUCCUCUUCUUCCUCUGGGGCUUCAGCUAUGGCCUGCUCGACACCCUGAACAAGCACUUCCAGGAGACACUCCACAUUACAAAGGCGAGAUCUGCUGGUCUUCAAGCCGCUUACUUUGGUGCCUACCCCCUCGCUUCCCUUGGCCAUGCCGCCUACAUUCUUCGCCGCUUCAGCUACCGUGCCGUCUUUAUCUGGGGUCUCUUCCUCUAUGGCCUCGGCGCCCUUCUCGCGAUCCCGUGCAUCAAGGCCAAGUCCUUCGCCGGCUUCUGUGUUUGCAUCUUUAUCAUCGGCAACGGUCUGGGCUCUCUCGAGACGGCCGCCAACCCGUACAUCACUGUAUGCGGCCCGCCCAAGUACUCGGAAAUCCGCAUCAACUUUGCCCAAGCUUUCAACGGUAUUGGUACCGUUGUAGCCCCCGUGCUCGGAUCGUACGUCUUCUUCGGUUUCGACGAUAACCUCGCCCUCCAAAACGUGCAGUGGGUGUACUUGGCCAUCGCCGUCUUUGUCUACAUCCUUGCCGUCGUCUUCUUCCUCAUCGAACUGCCCGAGAUCACCGACGCAGAUAUGCAGCACCAGGCUGCUGAAACCCAUGCUGGCGAUGCCGACCAGCCAUUCAGGAAACAAUACCGCCUCUUCCACGCCUCGUUUUCCCAAUUCUGCUACACGGGCGCGCAGAUUGCCAUUGCCGGUUACUUCAUCAACUACGUGACGGAAACCCGCAAGAACACCGAUUCCGCCUUGGGAGCUCAGUUCCUGGCUGGUGCUCAGGGGACAUUCGCCGUUGGCCGCUUCGCCGGCGCAGCCAUCAUGCACUUCGUCCGCCCGCGCAAGGUUUUCCUUCUCUUCCUCACUGCAUGCAUCAUCUUCGUCGCCCCUACCAUCACCCAGAGAGAAAACACGGGCAUGUCCAUGCUUUACGUCACCCUCUUCUUCGAGUCCAUCUGCUUCCCCACCAUCAUGGCGCUUGGUAUGCGCGGGCUCGGUAGGCACACAAAGCGCGGCUCAGGCUUCCUUGUCGCCGGUGUCUUUGGUGGCGCUGUGGUCCCCCCGCUGAUGGGCGCCGUGGCGGAUAUGCAUGAUACGGCCAUGAGUAUGGUUGUUCCCCUAGCCUUCUUUGCUGUGGCGUGGACGUAUGCGCUUGCCGUCAACUUUUGGCCGUGGUACAGGGAUACCUGUGAUGCCUUUACUACGGCGGAGAUCGGUGUGAGGGACAGGGAGGAUGGUGUUGUUUCCAAGUCGGUCGUGGACGAGGAGGAAGCCGUGGGGAUGGAAGGGCAGACAGUCGGCGAGAAGGGCCUGUAAUGGCGAGGCUGGUGAGGAUAACCCUCGAGUGGGGUUUGAAGUUGUGUUAAAAAGAGUUGAAUAUACCCUUGGAGAAGAUGAAUGGGGUCCGGCCCAAGAGAAAAUGGGUUAUGUUUGGAUAGACGCCCUGAUGAUCAAUGAAUAUUAUGACUAUUAUG